AAGUGCAUCAGUCUUGGGGACUUUCUCAAGGCAGCUGGUAAGAGCAUCUCCACGAAACUUCCUCAAGAUGUCCAACUUUAUUAGAUGUGCAUUGCUUCUUGUAGUGGUGGUCGCGAUGGCGUCCAGUUUUCCAGAUCGCAAUCUGGAAAGCUUGACCCCAGGCCGUCCAGUCGAGGGCGUGGCUCCAGGAAUUCAGCCUGCGUCGGCUGGAGACGUAUCCAACCCUGCCGGUGAGGUUGAAACCAAGCCUCUGCCCCGGCCUCCUGGUGAGGUUGAAACCAAGCCUCUGCCCCGACCUCCUGGUGAGGUUGAAACCAAGCCUCUGCCCCGACCUCCAGGUGAGGUUGAAACCAAGCCUCUGCCCCGACCUCCAGGUGAGGUUGAAACCAAGCCUCUGCCCCGACCUCCAGGCGAGAUUCAAACCAAGCCUCUACCCCGACCAUCCCAACAAGGGGGUGCAGUUAUCCCUGAUCCCCAGAAGCCUCAGGUUCAACCCGCUCCUCAACCUCUUCCAGUGCCGGCACCUCAACCCGUUCCAGCUGAAACCAAGCCUCUUCCCAGACCCCAGACCCCUCCCUCAGACUCCAGACCAGCUGUUAUCCCAGACCCCAACGCCCCUCAGGUUGAGCCUCAACCUGAAGGAUAAUAUCCAGGAUGGACCGCUAAAGUCCUGACUGACACUUGAUAACGUACCUCAUGACUAAAAUUAAUAUUCCUGACUCGUUUUUCUCCAACGUGAGCCUAAAUUCUUGCUUCAGUAUUGUCAAAAAUCUUUACAGGCCACAAAUUUCUAAUCUCCGUUAAGGAAAAACUAAUUCAUAAUUAAACAUAACGAAAAUUUUUGAGCAAACAUUCAAUUUUAUUGCACCGAACAUCAGGAUUUGGUUAUUGAGUUGAUGUAUCCGGUUACGAUAAAGAUGCAUAAGUAUGCACAGGUUGAUUAAUAAAAUAUAUUCAUAUAUUA